CCGGGCCGCGCCGCCCCUCGCCGCCGGCUCCCUGUCCCCGGGACGCGGCGCGGCGGUGGGACGCAGCGGGCGCGCCCUCCGGCUGGCAGGGCCGCGCCAGCCGAGCCGCCGCCCGAACUUCGGCGCGCAGCCGAGCGGGGAGCCCAAUUGCCGGGGCGUUCGCGUUUGCGCCUCCUCCUCCCUCCCCUCCGCCCCAUCUCGCCCUGAAGGGGGACGGGCCGAGUUCCAGGCUCGGGGCUGGUUCAUUUUGCGGCCCAGGAUUAUAUUUACACACACACUGUCCCACUCUCGCCAGAUUGUCCGCUUCGGCGCAGGCACGGGAGGGUUGUUUUCCAAAGUACCGUCUUUCCCUGCACCUGCCUUUCAGAUCACCUCUGGGAACCUGUGGGAGGAGCUGACAGGGUGGACGAUGUUGCUUCGCUUUGCAAAAGGAAGAAAACUUUGUCACCCAGAGGGAGACCUCUGCCACGCGUAACCCGGAGAGAGACCAAGAACCAGGACAGGCUUUGGCUUUGAUUUUGCAUCGAUGAGCCCGUAAGGAGGAAGAGGACACGUGAACUCAGCGCACACGCCGACCGCCAUCCUCCCCGGUGGCGGCGGCCCCAGGUACCUGCGCCACCUUCCCUCCCCGCGGAAGUCCCCACGCGGUGUCUUCGGGGUGGAAGGCUAAUCAUCAAGAGCGCGCGGCUCGAGGCCGACGGCGGGGGCCGGGCGAGGAAGGAGAGGACCGAAUUGCAGGAACGAGUUACCCGGAAUUAACUUCUGGUUAAAGUUAUGGGAAGCUCGGCCAUGGACACCAAGAAGAAGAAAGAUGUUUCCAGCCCCGGCGAGAGCAGCGGAAAAAAAAAUCCCAGCCAGAAGAGGCGUUCGCUGCGAGUGCACAUCCCGGACCUGAGUUCCUUUGCCAUGCCUCUCCUGGACGGAGACCUGGAGAGCUCAGAAAAGCAUGCUUCUCGUAAGGUGGACAGCCCCUGCAGCUCGGGCAGCCCCUCCAAAGGGUUCUUCUCUCGAGGCCCCCAGCACCGGCCCUCCAGCCCCGUGUCUGCUCCUGUGAGGCCCAAGGCCAGCCCCGGCUCUCCCAAAACCGUGUUCCCAUUUUCCUACCAGGAGUCCCCUCCGCGCUCCCCACGCCGCAUGAGCUUCAGCGGGAUCUUUCGCUCCUCCUCCAAAGAAUCUUCCCCCAACUCCAACCCGUCUACCUCGCCCGGGGGCAUCAGGUUCUUCUCCCGCUCCAGAAAAAGUUCGGUGAGGCUGACCGUCGAGUCCGGGGACCCUGCCUCAAAUACUUUGUUGUCCGCAGCCCCCGAGAGGAGGGCCACAGCCUCAGGCCUCUCCUCCUCUCCGUCGACACCCACCCAAGCGGCCAAGCAGCACACGUUUCCUCUCGAAUCCUACAAGCAUGAGCCUGAGCGACUGGAAAAUCGCAUCUAUGCCUCCACUUCCCCUCCGGACACAGGCCAGAGGUACUGCCCGUCCUCCUUCCAGAGCACAGCCGGGCCUCCAUCAGCAUCACCCACGCACCAUGCUUCCUCCAGAACCGCGGCGCUGGCGGCGGCCCCGGGACCCGCGGAAGCCGGCAUGCUGGAGAAAUUCGAGUUGGAAGAAGAAGCAGAAGACUCAGAGAGUGGCGUCUACAUGCGCUUCAUGAGGUCACACAAGUGUUACGACAUCGUUCCCACCAGUUCAAAGCUUGUGGUGUUUGAUACAACGUUACAAGUGAAAAAGGCCUUCUUUGCCUUAGUAGCCAAUGGUGUCCGAGCAGCGCCGCUGUGGGAGAGUAAGAAACAAAGUUUUGUAGGAAUGCUAACAAUUACAGAUUUCAUAAAUAUACUACAUAGAUACUAUAAAUCACCCAUGGUACAGAUCUAUGAAUUAGAGGAACAUAAGAUUGAAACAUGGAGGGAGCUUUAUUUACAAGAAACAUUUAAGCCUUUAGUGAAUAUAUCUCCAGAUGCAAGCCUCUUCGAUGCUGUAUACUCGUUGAUCAAAAAUAAAAUCCACAGAUUGCCAGUUAUUGACCCUAUCAGUGGGAAUGCACUUUAUAUACUUACCCACAAAAGAAUCCUCAAGUUCCUCCAGCUUUUUAUGUCUGAUAUGCCAAAGCCUGCCUUCAUGAAGCAGAACCUAGACGCCCUUGGCAUCGGGACCUACCACAACAUCGCCUUCAUCCACCCGGACACUCCCAUCAUUAAAGCCUUGAACGUCUUUGUAGAAAGACGAGUGUCGGCCUUGCCUGUGGUGGAUGAGUCAGGAAAAGUUGUAGAUAUUUAUUCCAAAUUUGAUGUCAUUAACCUUGCUGCUGAGAAGACGUACAAUAACCUAGAUAUCACAGUGACCCAGGCCCUUCAGCACCGCUCACAGUACUUUGAGGGCGUCGUGAAGUGCAGUAAGCUGGAAAUACUGGAGACCAUCGUGGACAGAAUAGUGCGGGCCGAGGUGCAUCGGCUGGUGGUAGUAAAUGAAGCAGAUAGCAUCGUGGGUAUUAUCUCCCUGUCAGACAUUCUGCAGGCCCUGAUACUCACGCCCGCAGGUGCCAAACAAAAGGAGACGGAAACCGAAUGACCGCUGUGAGUGGAGGAGCCCUCGUAGGAGAACUUGAACAAAGAUUCUGGGUCACGCUUUGCCUCAUGAACACUGACCGUGUUAGAAGACCGUAAAAUGGCUAAGAAUGUAUAGCAGGGUUUAGCGAUGGGUGUUUUUUCCAGUGACGUUGAAACUGAGCAUAAGAAACAGGUUUUAUGUGUUUGAAGAUUCAGCCUUGCAUUAAAAGACUGUUUUCAGACCUUCGUCUGAGCGAUUUCAAAUGCUGUAUGUUAUUAAAGUGCACUGUGUCCUGAAAUUUUUUAUUAUUUUUCGUUUCAAAGAAUUCACUGGUCUGUAACAGGUAAUAUGACAUAAGGCGAGCGCAUGGCUUCUUCAGACCUAGUGCCUUAUGUCGGAACACGUGAUAUGUCAUCACUGCGGCCCGUGGCAGCUGGAGCCACACGGUGCUGGGGCGUGACAGUCUUUGGACCUUUACCAAAUCAGUUUUGUUCUCAUUAGAUUUGUCAAACCGUUGUAAUUUGGAUAUAAAUCAUUACUUUGUAAACCUUCAAUGGCAGUUUUACGUUUAAGUGUCUGUUCUGAACUACAGUGUAAACAAAACUGCUUUACAACAGCUUUAUUUAUUUUUACUUUCCUGCAAUUUUUUUUUUUUUUUUUUUUUUUUUUUUUACACAUCCUGGUGGGUAAGCCUCCCCAUGCCCGUUAAUAAACCAUCGGUGGUUAUUUUUAAAAGGCAAAUUUCACAUUUAAGUUUGGAUCUGGAAAGCGUAAGACUUCUAAAAUAGCCACUGUUAGAGUGGAAAAGCCGAAGUUUCUGAAAGCACGGGUGAAAACGUGCUCUGCUAGACUGGGAACAGGCGGCGGUUUUGAGCGGACAGAGUGCCGGGAAGAGGUCUAUUUUUUUCUUGUGUACUGAAACGUAAAAUCACAAUGUUUGUACGGCUGCUGUGCGAUCGUCCGUGUAAAUUCUAUUGUGGCACAUGCAAUAUGUCAUGUGGUUGAAGAGAAACCAUGUUUCCUAAUGUAAGUGCUCUGAAAAUGUCCACACUGUAUAUAUAUAUAUGAGUAUAGUUUGAUUUUUUGUUGUUGUUUUGGGGUUUUUUUGGCAGAUUGAAAGAUUAAAGCAAAUCUUAUUAUCGA